GUGCUUGAAUGGAAGACCAUUAAGCUAUCACAAUAUUUUGAUUUAUCACAGAAAUCCAAAUGAAAGUUGAAAGCAAAUGAAAAUAUCGGAUGACCCCUGAUGCUGCAAUUCUUCUGCAUGUGCCUAGGCCCAAUGUUAUUUGUGGGCACCUGUUUUGUUGAAGCCUGCAGUGCAAACCCUAAAAAUUGUAAACCGGCUGUUCUUCAUGUUAUGAUCCUUUGAUAAAUCUGAAGAAAAUCUGAUUGCUCAUAUGGUUAGAACCAGGACAUUGGGCCUACUUAUCAACAAAUUUAAAUGGAGUCACGACAGAGCUCGCAUCUGUUAAGGAUUAAACACAAGAGGUCAUCCAUGCAUUGGCUUUAUUUGAAGCGAAUGGUACCUUGCGCGAAACAUGACUCACCACCAGGUUUAAAGAAGAGAAUUAUGGGAUUCGGAAAGUUAGCUUCUGCAACUACAGGUAGAAGGCCAGAUUUCGUGUCAUGCUUCAAUUCGAGGAUAACGAAACAUAUUGGUGAGGAUUUGGAACUAAACUGCAUCAUUUCUGGCAGUCCAUUUCCGCAAGUAACUUGGUCGCAUAAUGAUCGAUUAUUGGAUACCAACAAUCCAAGGUUCAGCUUUUCACAAGGAUCAAGGAAACUCAUGAUAAAGACGCUGAAUCUGGAUGAUGCUGGGUAUUACACGUGCACAGCCAAGAACCAGUUAGCUGAGGUCUCAAGAACUUGCACCUUGGCUGUUCGAGCAAACCCACGAUCCAAUGCUCCGAAAGUUUUAAAGCAACCCCGUGAGGUUCGUGUUCAAGAAGGACAGGGGGCUGAACUGAGCUGUGUUGUGCACAACCCAAAAGGUAUAUUUUCUGCAUUCUUGUGGAGCAAAAAUGGUCAUGAUGUCGAUGAAACAUCUGUGCGCCUGUAUAAAAGGGAAAAGACUGAGGAAGAUGGGAUCAAGGCCAUUCUGGAAUUUCUGAAUGUGCAAAAGACAGACCAAGGGCGGUACCAGCUGAGAUUUGUUAACAUGUUCGGUGACGUCACUACCGACGAAGUAGCCCUAUGCGUUGUCUGACUCGAUAUCCAUUGAAUUUUCACAUUGAAAUUUGCAUUUUUGAUGUGGUUAAUUUAACUUCUUGUAAUCAAGUAAAAAUAUGCAGAAUUUUAGCUCCUUUUCCGAUCGAUAAUUCUUGUCCUAAAUUACUAUCAUAUAAAGUAAUUCUCUUAAAGAGGAAACCCAUUGUAUGUUGUUGUCAAGUCAGAGUUAUCGACGUCUGAUUCUACCAUCCAUGUUUGAUGUAAGUAGCUCAAGAUUACAUAUUGAGACACUUAAACAGG